AUGGGUGACAUCGGCGAGGCCAGUGAACUCCUCCCGUCGCCGUGGACCAGUUAUACACAACCACCACCACCAAUACCACGGCGAAAUCCAUUCCGCUACGCCAGGAGCAUGUCGACAACAAGCAGCCCCAUCUCUUCUCCAGACUCUAGCCCCACAAGCUCAAGCCGGCGAAGCCAUUGCUCAGCGUCCCUUAAUCGUAUGUGUCACUGUAGCCGCAGUGGCAGCCCGUUCACAAUGCGUUCUGCAACCUCAUCAUUUCGACUAUCAUCUCUACUUCUCCGUCGUCGGCCGUCUGCUGUGGAUUUGGCGCUGAGUGAAGAGCGUUAUCGGUGUGCUGAGGACUCGGUCGAGAAGAUUGGGUUGGGCCUUAUGGAGCCGCGACCUGUAGAUCCUAUCCCAGCGCCAAUGAUCAUCGGGGAUGCGGAGGCCAACUUCAAUUGGAACAUGAACAUGAGUAUUAGACCGUUGUCUAAUGUUGAGUCAGAUGGUGAUAAUACGAAACACGUCAAUUCGUUGCGGAUAGGUAUUAAACCACGAUUUGUUAUGGGUGGGAUUUUCGAGGUCAUGGAAGGAUCGGCUUAG